AUGGUGUUCGCAGUCAUCUUCGCCUUUUGGCGCGUCAUGCAGAUUAUCACGCUGAUCCCGACCAUGGGCAUCCUCGCCUGGUUUGUGCACGGCUUCAUCAGCGCCAACGAGCUCACGCCCAAUUAUGUCCUCAUUCUCUUUAUCACGUCGGUCCUGGGCGUGGCCUGGUGCCUCUUCACCAUCUUCAGCUACCACCGCAGCAGCAUGAACGCGCUCUUUGUCGCGCUCAUCGACCUUGGCUUUGUCGGCACGCUGAUCGCGGCCGUGUACGAGCUGCGGUUCAUCGCCACGGCCAACUGCACGCACAUCUCCGCGUCCGAUCCGUGGGUCGUCUCGGCCGGCCUGAUCACAGUCAGCGGCCAGGGCAUCAGCAUCAAUACCGACAAGCCGUGCGCGAUGCUCAAGACGGCCUUUGCCUUUGGCAUCAUGAACUGCGUCUUCUUCUUCUGCACUGCCAUCCUCGCCUGGAUGCACGGCAGCCGCCUCAGUACGACCGAGGGCGACCGCCGCUACGUGCGCGAGACCACCACGCGCGUCCACCGCCGGCGCAGCGGCAGCGGCAGCCACCGACCGGCCAGCCGCAGCCACCACAGCCGCAGCCGGCGCAGCUCCCACUCCAACCAGCGGGUGUACGUCUGA